GAAUCACCGGAAAACGUAGCUAUAUAGCGGAAUAUAGUUCGUUUUAAGGAUUGUUUUUUUUUUUUUUUUGUGAAUAAGAAAAUGUUAUCUCGGAGUUAUCUAAGUUUUAUUGAUUGUAAUAUAACGAACCUAUCAAAUAAUACAGCAAAGACCAUGUUCAUGUUAUAGGUUUUAAUAAUUUUGAGACACUGCGGGGCUUUCAUAAGCGCCAUUUUUGUUCGGGGCAAAGAUGCCGAAAAGUUGUUCUGCAUAUAAUUGCACAAAUAGGUACAAUAACAAAAAUCCCGAAAUCACGUUCCACAGGUUCCCUUUCAGUAAACCAUCGGUUCUGAAACAAUGGUUAGAGAACAUUGGGCGUGACGACUUUCAGCCAAGGAAGCACAUGGUUAUCUGUUCACUGCAUUUCACUCCAGAUUGUUUCAGUGGUUUGGGCAAUCGUAAAAAUCUAUUGUGGAACGCAGUGCCAACACUUUUCACAGUCCCAUCUCAGGAUACAAAGCUAAAUAAUUGUAGGAAGAGGCUGAAGAGAGCAUUAAAAUCUGCUGCUGAUAAAUGGGAUGACACUGCACCUGAAAGGACGCCUCCUUUCACUGAGGAUCCUCAAACUGAGGAGAUGCAUGAGGAUGCUCAACACUCUCACAGCAACGAAGAGGCUUACUGUCAAGCCACAAAGGAUUUAGCUGACAAAGACCACACCUAUUCUCUUUUGGACCCAUGUACGACUAAAGCCCGUUUGUUCAAUGUUUUAGAUACUAACAGCUGGCUAAAGAAAAAAUUGCAGACCAAAUGCAGAUUGAUAAAAAGAAUGAAACUCAAACUGCAAGAUGCUCAAAGAGAACUUCUGACUUUGCGCCGACAGCUCAGAUAUAGAUAUAUGUAUCGCCAAAGAUAUUCACAGCUAUCAAUGGGUACGUUGCUUCAAAACCUAGUCAAGCAAUAAUGAAGACCUCAGGUUGCACAAACAUCUGUGAACUUUACAGCAGCCUGAACUUUUGGUCAUAGAAAAAGUGUUCAACAAAUGUAUUUCUUGAAAAGUGGCAAAAGUGUCAAGUUUUUGUCCAAUUAAACUUUUAUGACUGUG